UCCCAAACAGAAACAGCAAGUUGCUUUGCGCCGCGUGGCGUGUUGGCGACAGGUCCCAGGGAUUUUCCGCCGCUGCAGGGCGCAAUCCAGGGGCCAUGUCGGACGUGAUGGACGUUGACUCCUUGAAGUCAGGCUCAGCCCUCAGAUCCCAAGGCGAUUUCUGGGCCUUGCACGCUAAGCUGGGCAAGUGCUACGAGGCAGAAAUGGCCGAGUGGAUGGCUCGGGUGGAGGAGCUCGAAGGGGAUGCGAUCAGUCCUCUUCUGCCGCGAGACCCCUGGAACAGCCGUAGGGCCAAGAUGAGUGGCCAGAUGGGUGGCUUCCAAGCUGAGGACCAUCAUGAAAAAGAUUCAGAUCUCAGCGAACACCACGAGCACCACACCCCGCCGGACCGCAUCUUCACAGACAACUUACGACUGCCGUCCCCCACACCUUUCCCUUUGGAAGGAGCAGUGAAGCCGCAGCGUCUUUUUCACUCCCCUCACGCUCGCGCGCUGACCGGUCAAGGCUCCGCGUUGGCACUGGCCACCGCCAGCCAAGGAUUGGGCCUGGGCAGAGGUCGCAGUUUGGAGAUUCGGGCGGCCACGGACAUAUCGCUCAAGCAGAUGCCGUGGCCAGAUGAAGGUCCGGAGCGUCAAGACAGGCCGCCGGAGCGCCUUCCCCGCCCCAGCUCUAUGAGUUCCGUGGGCGCUGGGCCCUUCCCCGAGGACAAGUACGCGGAAGACCGGAAGACCGCUAUGCAGAACAUGGUGAAGAUGGAGAAAGUCGUCUCAAAGAAGAACUUGGCACUGGCAACUGCUGAAAGUCGCACGAGUUCCAUGACGGACCAUCUGGGCAGCGACACUGGUUGCAAGUGGGAGCCCCGCGCGUGCUUCAAGGCCCGCCAGAGCAGCAAGCGCCGCUUGUCUGGCCUCGCCGACACGCGGAAGAACUCGGGGCUGGACAUGGAUCAGGGCGACAAGGAGAGCACGCUGGACUGGCGUGGCAGGCUGGUGAUGACACCGGGUGGUAAACGACGAGCCUUUUGGGAGGCUCUACGCAUGAUCUGUGUCAUCAUCGACAUCCUGGUGAUUCCUUUGCGCUUCUUCGAGUUGCCCAAGAACGACGCUGUAGCUCCGCUCAGCUUCAGCGCUCUCGCCUUCUGGACCUUGGACAUCGUGGUGUCUUUCCGCACCGCGUACUUUGAGCAGGGGAAUCUAGUCCUUGACAGCCGGGCCAUCGCCUGCCACUACCUGAGGCGGUGGUUCUUCUUCGACAUCUUCGUCGUGGCGGUGGAUUGGAUCCUGGUGGGCCUGGACGGUUUCGCGGUGGCGGAGCUGGCGCCGGAGAUGCAGUGGCUGCAGAUCAUCCGCAUGGUGCGGAUCUUCCGGCUGCUGAAGUGGAACCAGAUGUUCGCGUCGCUACGGGAGCGGAUCGCGUCCCACGCGUGGACCACACGGGUGAGCAUCGUCAACAUCAUCUGUCAGAUUCUGCUGAUGUACCACGUGGUGGCCUGCAGCUUCUUUGGUGUGGGCCGGAAGAACCGGGGCCAGUCCUGGAUCGAGACCUACGAUCUGGCGGACAAAGACUUCGGCUACCAAUACACCACGACCUUGCACUGGGCGCUGUGUCAGCUAGGCCUCGGCUCCAACAUCAUCGAGGCGACGAACUUUGAGGAGCGGCUCUUCGGGAUCGCAGUAGUGCUGGGGGCCAUGAUCACCUUCUCGUCGCUGGUCAGUCUGAUGACCUCGCUGCUGACCUCGCUGCAUAACGCCCAAGAGGAGGAGCUGCAUCAGUUUCGGCUCCUCCGCAGCUUCCUGGUGCGGAACCAGAUCCCCAGGAGCCUCUCCCAGCGUGUGUCGCACUUCCUCCAGCACAGCUAUCGACUGCAGCAGGAGGCCCUCUCCGACACGCAGGUGCCCUUGCUGAGCUUGCUGUCCAAGAACCUCCAGGGGGAGCUGCAGUUCGAGAGGUACAAACAAUGUAUGGGCCGCCUGCCUUUUGUAGAUGCCCUACUGGAAGGGGACAGCGGUUUGAACAAGUUGGUGGUCCACGACAUCGCCGCCAGCGCCGUGUCCCAAUGCGUGCUCGCCUCCGGGGAGGUCGUGUUUCUGGGCGGGGACUGGGCAGAGUCCACCUUGAUGGCCGUCCAGGGCUCCUGCAGCUACUGGCAGAACUUCGGGCAAGAGAAGGUGCCUGCGAACGCCUGGAUUGCAGAAAUGUGUUUGUGGACUGGCUGGUACUACUUGGGGGACCUCGUCACUCAAGAGCUCACGGUGUUAGUGAGCAUCAAGAUGUCCAGCUUCUGCGACACCGUGUGCAAGUCUGCGGACACGCAGCAGCUCGCCAAGCUCUUCUCGCAGGACUAUGUGGCAGCCCUGAACGCGGAGCAGGUCUCUUCAGACCUCUGGACGUUCGAAGGAGCCGAUUUGGGCAGCGAGAUGGCCCUGAGGAGGACAGAGAGCGCUACACUUGGGAGGCAGUGGGUCCAGAGCAUCUUCGGCAAGAAGAAGCGGCGCAGCAGCGUCCGUCGGGCCUCAUUGAUUCAGAACAGUCAGCCAAUUGUGCCCGGCACUGGUCUCGUGAAGGAGGAGCCGCAGCCUGGGCAGCUCCCCGGAUCUGUGAGCGAGAAGGCCAGCCUGACGAGCUCUGGUGGCGCUCCGACCAACAAGUAAUCCAGUCAUCCUAUGCCGCAGCCCCGGUCAGACAUUGAGCGCGAGUACAGAGGAUGAGAGGUUCCGCUGCUCGCGAGACCCGGACUGAGCGUCAAGGCGCAGCUUUGCGAUCAGUCCCCAGACGUGACAUAGGUUUUAGGCCACCCCAAACCAACCCAAAGGCUUCCUUCAGGGGCAACUACCCAUAUAGGUAGUUGCUUGUCAAGCCGUCGUUAUCAAGCCGGGCCAGAGUGAAGCAAAAGCAACGGGGAAAACCACAGCGACAGCUGCCACGCCUGAUCCCAGUUGCAAUGGAUGUGAGCUUGAACUGGAGUGGGU